GUGGUUGCGAAGAGAAAGAAAGAGUAGGGUGGAGGAGAUGGAGACGCUGGAAAGGAAGAGUCUGGAGAUGAUGGAGACGCUGGAGCUGGAGGGAAGGGCAAGAAAGAGGGCGGAGAGGCUGCGCCUGCUUGAGUUGAGUUUGGAAAUAUUGGUGUUGAAACCACAGCUUUGUUCUUAUCAUUGGCCCAUGCUUUCCUGCUUACUCAUCGAAAGCAAGAUGAACGGGCGAUUACAAGAAAACGUGAGAGAAGAUGCAGUGAUGAGGAUUAUGGAAGUAGAGGAGAUCGUGAAUCUAGCAGGUAUCACAAGCAUGGUAAAAGUAGAGAAAGCCACCAUAGAUGGAGGUCACCGAGCCGAUCGGAUGAUAAACCCAUUAGGUAUGCCACAUUUCAUGAAGCCUGCCAUGUUCUUGAACAAGCGAACAAGUGGUUUUGAUGUGGCGCCACCUGUUACUACUGUUAUGACAAAUCCAUCAGAACAAUUAAAUGGAGCUUCUGUGGCUUCUCAAUCAGUCUCUGGAGUGCUGCCAAACAUGCUUGCUUCUCAGACAACUCAGGUUAACAUGUUAGGUUCAGUUUCAACAUUGCCAGUUCAAGUAACUCAGCAGGCAACGAGGUUUGCGCGUACAGUGUAUGUUGGUGGCCUCCCUCCUCUGGCUAAUGAGCAGACAGUCUCCAGGUUUUUCAGCCAUGUUAUGAACGCUAUCGGUGGAAACUCAGCUGGUCCAGGUCUUGAUGCUGUCGUGAAUGUCUACAUUAAUCAUGAAAAGAAAUUUGCAUUUGUGGAGAUGAAAACUAAGAGGCAAGCAACACUAUGGUGCUUGAUGGAAUUGCUUUUGAGGGCGGUGCGAGUCAAAAGGCCUACAGACUACAGUCUUACCCAGGCGGCAUGCCUUGGUCCUAGCCAACCGGGUCCAUAUCUGAAUUUAGCUGCUGCUGAACUGACACCUGGAAUGUCUACUGAAGCUGAUGGAGCUGAUCGUAUUUUUCUUGGUGGGGUGCCCUACUAUUUUUCUGAAGCUCAGAUAAAAGAAUUGUUGGAACAUUUUGGACCUUUGCAAGGACUUGACCUUGUUAAAGAUAGAGAUACUGGAGACUCCAAAGGAUAUGGAUUCUGCAUCUACAAGGAUCCGUCAGUCACAUAUAUUGCGUGUGCGGCUCUAAAUGGCUUAAAAGUAGGUGAUAAGACGCUUACUGUUCGGCGUGCCACCAUCAGAAAAGCAGCAGAUUUCGGGGAGCAAACGACCAAGGCUGGACGAGCGGUCAAGGGCGAUCGCUGGCUAAGCCCCGCCGUCGCUGGGGAAGGGCUCAGAGCCAGCACCUACCACAUUUUUCCUCAUUUCUUUGUUCAAAUGAAAAAUUUCUUGAAGAAUGUGUUUGAGAAGGCGAAGGAGGGUCUUAAAACUGAGCAAGGGCAAAAAAAUAUUGGUGGUCGUAUUGUCAGCUUCAUUGCGCGUUUUGAAAAGAACAUAAUCAUGGCUAGUGUCUUCGCUAUUGGGAUGUACCAGCUCUUUGAGAAGGAAAAAAAUAAGGCGAUUCUGAGGGGCAGGGAAACGAAGGACAAACUUGUGAGCAUCAUCUUGUGGCUGAUGCCCCCUGAGUCUCGAUUUCCUUCAGCUGCCCGGCGUUGCUCUCAUGAAGCCUCAUCAGCUUGCUCAGUUGCUUGUCCUUCGUUUCCCUGUCCUCAGAAUCGCCUUGUUUUUUUCCUUCUCAAAGAGCUGGUACAUCCCAAUAGCGAAGACACUAGCCAUGAUUAUGUUCUUUCCGAAACACGCGAUGAAGCUGAUAAUACGACCACCAAUAUUUUUUUGCCCUUGCUCAGGGAAAAAUGUGGUAGGUGCAGCCCUAGGAACAUCAUCGUU